AUGAAGGAACAAUAUCGAGAGACUGAUUCAGCGAAGAAAAUAAGCAGUAUCACUUUUGGUCUCCUGUCCUCAGGAGAGAUGCAGAAGUUAUCCCACGUGAAGAUUGUGUCAAACAGUUUGUACGAGCAAAACUCAAGAAAGGCAUCUGAGUAUGGAGUACUGGACCUGCGCAUGGGUGCAAGUAGCAAGGACAAGACGUGUGUGACAUGUGGAAUGAACGCUGGGGAUUGUGUCGGUCAUUUUGGAUACAUUGACCUUCAGAUGCCCUGCUUCCACGUUGGCUUCUUCAAAUCCAUCAUCAACAUACUGCAGUGCAUCUGCAAGAAAUGCAGUAGGGUGAUGUUAAGCCCGGAGAAGAGGGAGUUGGAGAUGAAACGCGCCACUCGACCCAACAUGAUGUACCUGGAGAAGAAGAACGUGAGAAAACAUAUCCAGCUUCUCUGUAAGAAAACCAGCAAAUGUCCUUACUGCGGGGAAUAUAAUGGUGUGGUUAAAAAAUGUGCUCUAUUGAAAAUCGUCCACAAUAAGUACCAACACAGUAAGAAGACUCUUGAUGACAAAGUCGUAGAGUUUAUGGACAGCUUUGAAUAUGCAGUAGCAACCAACAAAGAAGUCCUUAAUUUAAUACCUAAAACUCAGGAAAUAUUGAACCAGCUGGUGGUCUUGAAUUUAUUUUCCAGGAUACCUGAAGAAGAUAUACCACUGCUUUUGAUGGACCCCAGGUUUAGUCGACCAGAAGAAUUAAUCAUUACAAGGAUCCUGGUCCCUCCCAUCUGCAUCAGACCUUCCGUUGUCUCGGAAAUUAAGGCUGGAACGACUGAAGAUGACAUCACGAUGCGUCUCUUUGAAAUCGUCCAGCAGAACAGGAACCUCGUUUCUCUCGUCCAGUCUGGCUGCUGGAUGUCCAGGUUCAUGGAAGUAUGGGAUUUUUUGCAACUGCAAGUGGCUCAGCUGUACAACAGUGAGCUCUCUGGAGUGCCGAAGACAAGUCAGGAUUCAAAGAAGCAGCUGAGAGGAUUCAUACAAAGAUUGAAGGGCAAGCAGGGUCGGUUCCGCGGGAACUUGUCGGGGAAGAGAGUGGACUUUUCUGGCAGGACUGUAAUAUCUCCUGAUCCUAAUCUGAGGAUCGAUCAGGUUGGAGUGCCAAUUCACAUGGCAAAGAUUCUGACCUUCCCAGAGCGGGUGACGCACAUAAACAGACGGAGAAUGCAGGAGCUGGUGAUGAACGGAUGCGAUGUCCACCCUGGAGCCAACUACGUUGAGAAGAGGGACAGCAAGAAUAAGUUUUUCCUCCGGUUCAAAAAUCGGGACACAUUAGCACAAGAGUUGAAAGUGGGAGACAUAGUGGAGCGCCAUCUGAUGGAUGGUGACGUCAUUCUCUUCAACAGGCAGCCCUCCCUACAUAGACUCUCCAUACAAGCCUUCUAUGCCAAGGUAAUGCCGUAUAGGACGCUGAGGUUCAACGAGUGCUGCUGCAAUCCAUUCAAUGCUGACUUCGACGGGGAUGAGAUGAAUCUGCACCUGCCACAAACUGAAGAAGCCAAAGCUGAGGCCAUCAUGCUGAUGGGGUCCAAAUCUAACAUCAUCAGUCCAAGGAACGGCGAGCCAUUGAUUGCAGCUAUCCAGGACUUUAUAACAGGUUCCUAUCUGCUGACGCAAAAGGAUGUCUUCUUUGAUAAAGCCGCAGCCAACCGCUUAGCAGUUUCAAUCCUUGGACCUCGGGAUAGGAAAGUCGUCCUGCCUCUGCCUGCCAUCAUUAAGCCAAAAGAGUUGUGGACAGGUAAGCAGAUCUUCAGCUUGCUGUUGAGGCCGUCCCCCGACUCUCCCGUCCUCAUCAACCUCAGGUCCAAGUGCAGUGGCAAGAGAGUUGACGACAAGGAAAAACAAAAUUAUAUCUGCUGCAGAUGCAAAGAAAAAUUAGAAAAAAUGAAACUUCAAGAAUUCUGCCGAGACCCAUCUAUCUGCGAAAAAUGUCACCAGUUGUUGCAAAGCGCCAGCGGCACAGCUGACGAGCUGUGUGUCACGUGUUGCAAGAACUAUCACAGGCUCACUGACAGCCUGAUGCCAGAUCUCUGCUAUAGUUGUAGAGAUUAUAACAAAAACUGCAAGACAGAGGAGAGAAAUCCCAAUGAUAAUUUUGUGGUUGUGGAUAGCAGCAGUCUGCUGGCGGGCUACAUGGAGAAGGGUCACCUGGGAUCUGGCAGCAAGUCCAACAUCUUCUACAUGAUCCUGAGAGCAUUCGGAGAAGUACACGCUGCCGAUGCUCUAUCCAGGAUUUCCAAACUGGCAUCCGCUUAUAUCAUGACAAGAGGUUUCUCCAUCGGCAUUGGUGACGUCACGCCGGGCAAAGCUCUCCUUCAUACCAAGUCUCAGUUACUGCAUGCCGGAUACCGCCAAUGCGAUGAUUACAUCAAACAAUUGCUGGAUGGUCAGUUGCAAGUCAUGCCAGGUUGCUCAGAGGAAGAAACUCUUGAGGGGGUGUUAUUGAAAGAGUUGUCAAACAUUCGAGAACAAGCUGCUGAUGCCUGCUUGAGAGAGUUGCCAAAGACAAACAGUCCUCUCAUCAUGGCCCUCUCUGGAUCUAAAGGGUCAAACAUCAACAUAUCUCAGAUGAUAGCCUGUGUCGGCCAGCAGUCUGUCAGUGGCAAGAGGGUUCCACACGGAUUUGAGGACAGGGCUCUUCCUUACUUUGACAAACACUCAAAAGACCCGGCAGCUCGUGGUUUUGUCGAGAACAGUUUCUAUUCAGGGUUGACCCCAUCCGAAUUUUUCUUCCACACGGUGGCUGGUCGAGAAGGUCUGGUGGAUACUGCCGUCAAAACUGCCGAAACUGGUUACAUGCAGAGAAGAUUGGUCAAGGCACUUGAGGACCUUUGUUGCCAGUACGAUGAAACGGUGAGGAACUCGAUCGGAGAGGUGGUGCAGUUUGUUUAUGGUUCUGACGGCCUCGAUCCCAUGGCUAUGGAGACCAAGUACCACAAAAGCAAGAAUGGCAAGUUGACUGCUAAGGAGGCCAAUCGGGCGAUUGAUUUUGGACGGAAGGAAUAUCCCUGCCAAGACGAAACUACUCUCACGGCUGAUCAAGUGAUGCUUUUAUUUUCAAGGCUGCUUGAGGCAGAGGAGUUCAAAUGUUUGAGAAGUUUCAAGUUGAAUGUUAAAAACAAAGCAAACAGAUGUACCAUUAACCCGGAAACUGACAUGGAAACUGAUGCCCCGGUUGUAACAACAUCCAACUGGGAAACUCUUGAAAGAGCGAGCAACUUUGGAAGACAUUUAAGAAAGUACAUGGAUGCCCUCGCCAACAACCUCCGUCUCAAAAGGGUACCACCUGGCAGUCUGUGUGAAAUCAGCAAAAUUUCAAGAACUCAGUUGGAGAGAUUCCUUAACACGUGCUACAACAAGCUCAUGAAGGCCAAGAUGGAGCCCGGGACGGCCGUGGGUGCCUUGGCAGCUCAGAGCAUAGGUGAGCCGGGCACUCAGAUGACCUUGAAAACUUUCCAUUUUGCUGGAGUUGCCUCCAUGAAUAUCACGCAAGGUGUGCCCAGAAUCUUAGAAAUCAUCAACGCUACCAAAAAUAUCAGCACCCCUAUUGUGGUCUGUCCUCUUGAAAACAACACCGAUAAGGAUGUUGCCAGGCUGGUAAAAGGCAGGAUGGAAAGAACUUUCCUAGGAGAAAUCACAGAGUACUUCCAAGAAGUCGUCCUACCAGAUGACAAUUUCAUUCUCAUCAAGCUGGAACUGAACAGGAUCAAACUACUCAGGCUGGAAGUGAAUGUUGACUCGGUCAAGAAAUCCAUUCUGCUGUCCAAGUUAAAAGUCAAGAUGCAGGACAUUGAGAUCCAUGGCGACUCCAUUAUCAUUGUGCGACCUCCAAGAUCGAACAAAAGUUCCUCCUACUACGUCUUACAAAAGCUGAUUGAAGGUCUUCCUCGCGUUGUUGUUAAGGGCUUGUCUUCAGUGAAGCGAGCUGUCAUGCAGAUACUGGACAAGAAAGGACCAAACGGAGAAAAUUCUUACGAAUUGGUUGUUGAGGGUACAAAUCUUCAGUCCAUCAUUGGAAUACCUGGUAUUGUGGGCACGAAAGUGAUGUCCAACAACAUCAUGGAGGUUAAACAAACCUUUGGAAUCGAGGCUGCCAGAGCAACGAUCAUAGAGGAGAUGAUGAAGACGAUGGGCAGUCAUGGCAUCAGUUUGGACGUUAGGCACAUCACACUCCUCGCUGAUAUCAUGUGUAACAGAGGAGAUGUUCUCGGAAUAAACAGAGGUGGAAUGGCUAAGAUGAGGGAAAGCGUUCUCAUGUUGGCUUCUUUUGAGAACACAUCUGACCACUUGUACGAAGCAGCCUAUCACGGACAGAAUGACCCUGUAUCCGGCGUGAGUGAAUGCAUCAUCAUGGGCAUACCAAUGAGCAUAGGGACUGGCUUGUUUAAACUCUUACAAAAACGUGAAGAAGAGAUGAAACUAAGCAGAAGACCAUUGCUUUUUGAGACUCCAGAUUUCCAUUUACUUGAAACAACGAUCUAGUCGCGUUCCCUGUGAAUGAUGAGAAUUCAUAUUUUGAAUUACAUUGUAUUUCAGUUCACUUCU